AUGCGCAUUCGACUGGAGGUUGCUGACGAUGGCAUCUCGGAGAAUACGACGACGCAAACAACGGUGUAUGGCAACAUGACUGCUGUCCCUACCAUAAGAGAAGAAGUGAGUAAAGAGACACCGUCAUCGCCAAGCAGGGGACGUGCGGACUUGACGUCAGACCAUUCUGUCACCGCCGACGAAGAAAGAGACAUCAUCAGGGACACUGAGGGGCCAGACGAAGAGGGCUUCCCCGAGGGCGGUUUACAUGCAUGGCUUGUUGUGCUGGGCUCUUGGUUGGCACUCUUUUCGAGUCUCGGGUUGAUGAACAGUCUCGCCGUGUUCCACAAUUACAUCGGCACGCAUCAGCUGGCGAGCUACUCGCACGGCACCGUCGGCUGGAUCUUUUCCGUAUACACCUGGCUCUGUUUCGGCGGUGGUCUCUUCAUCGGGCCACUCUUCGACAAGUAUGGGCCUCGCUGGUUGAUUCUGUCUGGGACGGUAUGUCUGGUGGUGGCCGUCAUGCUGCUCAGUAUUUGUACUGACUACUGGCACUUCAUGCUUGCCUUUGGCGUCCUGAACGGGCUCGGGGCGUCGCUCCUCUUUACACCUUCGAUUGCGGCAGUUGGCCAUUGGUUCAAGGAGCGGCGUGGGCUGGCGACGGGCGUGGCGUCGUCCGGGGGGUCAAUCGGUGGGAUCGUAUUUCCGCUGGCGCUCAAUGGGCUCUUGGACAGGCUGGGGUGGGCGUGGACGAUCCGCAUAAUCGGCUUCAUCUGCCUGGCGCUCUGCGGCACGGCAAACCUGCUGAUCCGGUCGAGGUUGCGGCCAGCGCUCAACGCGACUGCGCGCCCCGACUUCCGCAUACUGCGAGACACGGCGUUCGCACUGACGACGGCGGGAAUAUUCCUGCUGGAACUCGCGCUUUUCAUUCCGAUCACGUACAUCUCCAGCUACAUGGUGCACGAGGGUUUCAGGACCGACCAGGCGUACCAGAUCCUGGCCAUCCUCAACGCGGCAAGCGUCUUUGGUCGAGUGCUGGCGGGAUGGUGGGGUGACGCGUUCGGGCCGUUCAAUUCGAAUAUGCUCGCCGUCGUGCUCAGUAUGGUCGCGUGCCUGGGAGUCUGGCUGCCGGCGGGCUCGACGCUCGGCGGCAUCGUGGUGUUUGCGGUGCUCUUCGGCUUCGCCAGCGGCAACAACAUCAGCAUCAGCCCUGUGUGCAUCGGGCGGCUGUGCAUGACGCAGAACUACGGACGCUACUAUGCGACGACGUACACGCUGGUGGCAUUUGCGUGUCUCAUUGGCAUCCCCAUUGGCGGGGAGAUCAUCACGGCGACGGACGGGGAGUACUGGGGGUUGAAAGUCUUUACGGGGGCCAUAUACUGCACGUCUCUGCUGGCGCUCUGGGCGGCUAAGGUGGUGUGCGUCGGGUGGCGGGUGCUGGCGGUCUUCUGA